AUGGAAGACCUAUGGAUCCAAGUAACCGGGGAUUCGGUGGCAAACACCAUCAAUACUCGCGUCUAUGGAAGAUCUAUGGAUCCAAGUAACCGGGGAUUCGGUGGCAACCACCAUCAAUACUCGAGUCUAUGGAAGUUCUCGCUAGCGCGCAGAACGAAGCUUCGGAAGUUUGGCCGCGCGCGGAGGAGUUCCCGACGUCCAAAAGUUACGAUCUUGAUAUGGAAAGAUAGAUACUUGAGUCAUGCAUCACGUCGAAGUGGAAUGAAGCCAUUUGGAUCAACUAUGAGGCCUAGACUUAUUUUCUACCGAGACAUGUCCGGUAAGCGAGUAAACGAAGCCCAUGGAGGAUUUGGAGUGUCUAAUGGCCCGAGCAGCAGCGCCAAAGGCCUUGAUCGAAUAGAGAAGAGGCCUGGCUAA